GACUCCUCGCAUACAGUUUCGGCCUGCGCCACGCCGUGGACGCCGACCACAUUGCAGCUAUCGACAACGUGACCCGGAAGCUCGCGAGGGCCGGGGGAUCGCCACCGGCCACGGUCGGCCUCUUCUUCGCUCUGGGCCACUCGCUGGUCGUCACGCUGAUGUGUGCCCUGGUGGUCGUCGGGGGGGACUACAUGGAGGGCCACCUCCAGAGCUUUGCGCGCGUUGGCGCGAUACUCGGAGCAUCGAUCUCCGGGUCAGACUUCAAGGUUGCCCUCGGGGAAGAGAUGCUUCCUGUCGGCUUUUUGUUCGGCCUGGGUUUUGACACCUCAAGUGAGAUAGGCUUGUUGGGUAUCGUGGCCAUGUCGCAUAGCAAUAUAGACCGAUCCUGCAUCAUGCUCUUGCCCCUGAUGUUCAUGGGAGGCAUGUGCUUGGUUGACUCUUUGAAUGGCAUCCUUAUGGCUUGGGCUUAUGGCAAAGCGCUGGAAGACACCAUGCAGCGUCUGUACUACAACUUGUUUCUCACAACUACUUCGGGCUUGAUUGCGCUCGCCGUCGGCGUCAUCGAGGUCUUAGGGGCUUUCCAAUGUGGCUAUGACUUGCACGGUGGACUGUGGAAUGGCAUCGCUUACAUCAACAAUCAGUUCGAGAUUUUGGGCUACUUCGUGAUCGGGUUCUUCGUAAUUUCAAUGGCUAUAGCGCUGGGCUGCUUCUGGAAA